CUCGAGGAGAUCCGGGCAUUUUGGCUCCCGGCGUGCAGCGCGCUGCCCAGGGGGCGGGGGCAGUGGAGCCUGUUGCUCCAGGAAGGCGGAAGUGAGGAGGUUGCUCGCGGCGUGAGUGGCUUGCGGCGUCUGAGUUCCUGAACCCGCUGUCUGGUAAAAUAUGGCUAAAAGUUUACGGAGUAAGUGGAAAAGAAAGAUGCGUGCUGAAAAGAGAAAAAAGAAUGCCCCAAAGGAGCUCAGCAGACUUAAAAGUAUUCUUAAAGUAGAUAGUGAUGUUUUGAUGAAAGACGUUCAAGAGAUAGUAACUGUGGUGGAACCUAAACAUUGUCAAGAGAAAACCCAGUGUUUGGUGAAAGAAGAAACAGAUAACAUGAAAAUGGAGACUGAUAUUAAGAGAAACAAAAAGACUCUUCUAGACCAGCAUGGACAGUACCCUAUAUGGAUGAACCAGAGGCAAAGAAAAAGGCUGAAGGCAACACGAGAGAAAAAGAAGGGGAAGAGCAAAGCAAAAGCCAUGAAGGCAGCGAAGGGUUUGGCCUGGUAGACUCUGCAAAACUUGGAGAACCCCACAUGGGGCAGAUCUUUAAUUUGGAUGUAUACCUUGAUUUCAGCUUCCACCAGAUGAAAACUUGGUUUCCAUUUUUUUAGCUUGACCUUUUUCUUCAAUUCAAACUCAACGUAACUCCUCAAAUUUGUUUCAGUAACCUGAAUAAAAUUUUUUUUUUGAUGAAUGAGAGCUAUACUGAUAAUUUAAUUGAAUGCCAUCCAAUAUUCAGGGAUCAUCAGACAUCAGAAUUCUCUCAGGUAUUAGUGUGGUUGUAAUUGUUCGGUCUUAGUAAAGAUAAAGCAUGAUAUUAUACUGACAAAUUUGAGCUAACUUAGAUUUAAAAUAAACUGUUACAUGAUCCACUGACGUAUUUUCAAAUGAUAUGUAAGCAGUACUUGUUUGGAGUUUUGAUUUUAUAUAAUUCAGAGUAAAAGAGAAUCUGUCUAAAUCCUGAAGAUCUCUUCUUUCAUAUAUCCUUAAGGUUUCCUAGUAUUAGAGAAGACCAGAUUCUUCAGUUAAUUUUUGAAAGAUUUAAAGUUUUUAGAUAGAAUGUUAACAUGUACAAAUUAGUAUGCUCCAUCUUUUUAGGAGUAUAGAACAUCUUGGAAACUAAUUUUAUGUUCUUCAUUUGCAGCCUAAAAUAAUGCAACACUUCUCAGAGUAUGCUUCUCAGAAUUAGCUUUUCUGGAUGCAUGGUGAAGAAAUCCAUGGCCCCAUCAAUUUGUGAAAUGCUACAUAGUUGAAGAUUCAAAAAAAAUACCAGCUUAGUAUUAGUACAGGCAUACAUCAGAGAUAGUGCAGGUUUGGUUCCAGACCACUGCAGUAAAACGGGUCGCAUGAGUUUUUUGGUUUCCCAGUGGAUAUAAAAAUUAUGUUCAUAUUAUACUGCAGUCUAUUAAGUGUGCAAUGGCAUUAUAUGUAAAACAACAAUAUACAUACCUUAAAAAAUAAUGCUGUUAGAAAAAUGGUGCUGAUAGACUUUGACCAGGGUUGCCACAAACCUUCAGUUUAUUAAAAAAAAGAGCAAUAUGUGCAAAAUGUAACAAAACCAGGUAUAUGUAUAUAGUUUUACUGAGAUCUAGCAAUAAAGAGACCUGUUUAACCUUGACCCCUUGAAAUUAGUAUUCUAAAGAGUAGGAUAUACUGUUGGAAAUGCUAGUAUAAUGAAAUGAUUUUUGUUAAAUCUGUCUUGCUACAGUUUACUAAUUUCAUGCUUAUUUAAGUUUACUUUUAGGUAAGCAAUUUAAACUUAGCAUUCUUUCUAAAAUUUACUGUAAUCAUAUUAAGCAUCAUUAUGUGUUCACUAGAACAGCAGGUAUUUAUUGGGUGCCUGUUGUGUGCUGGGGACUUUUCCAGGUGCUAGGGACCCAGGGAAUAAGACGAGGUGUCUGCCCUCUCCUGCGUAUCUACCCAGAAGAGGCUGUUAGCUUCAGAGGAAAACCAAGUUAAAGGUGAGACUUGUUAGAAUAAGAUCACUUAGUCAUCACGACACAAAUUUUGUAUUGGGCACAUUGCUAGACCAGGACACAAUAUAGAGAUAAAUAGGACAUGGCUCAAAUCUUCUAGGAGAUUUGAAUCUGAAUUUUAAUGCCAGUAAAAUCUUAGAAUCAUUUUAUAUAAUAGACUUUUCUCAGUUUGCUCGGUUAGUUCACCAAAAAGUGGAUUAUUUUUAAAUACUUAAGGAAGCUAACAAGGUGUGAGUUGAAAAGUUCAGAAGAGUUCAUGGCUUUUUUUUGCCCUUUGAUACAGUUAUGAAAAAUAAAUAGAAUUUGUGAGGAAAAGGCAAAUACAUAAAUGUUUAUUAAUGAAACAAAAAGUUGCCAACAUUAUCCAAGUAAGCCAUGACAAUAUUAGGCUAAACAUAACAGCUAAAUUAUUUACUUUUUUUUUUCCAUCAUAGGAAUUGUCUACCUCAGUGAUUUUAUACACUUGGUGCUUAUUUAAAAUUUGGCAGCGUUGUCAGGUAUGUUUUUGCUGGAUUUUCUUUAAGUUGAGGUCAGAGGUCAAUGCCAGGGAUAUGUUUUCUGAGGCUGAUAACCUCUGAUUUGACUCCAACAGUAGUAGCUUUGAGCUUCCAUUCAAGGCUUGUCGGUAGUGUUAGGAAGUUCACUUACGUUUGUCUAGUCAUGAAGUUUAUACAGUCAGGAUUUAACUUAAAAGUUAACAGGGUCAAAAAUCAAAAUACCACUGUCAAAAAUGUAUUUGAGAGACAUGUUCUCAAGUGUCCUAUGGCCUCUGGCAGUGUGGCUAUUAAAGAGAAACUGUCAUGGAUAGAUUGUGAUUGAGGCCUCUAAGGUCACUGAAUUCCUGACCUGCAUGGCCAGCAGGAUUCUUCCCACCUCCAAAUUUUGGUGGGAAAUUUAGACUAGCGUUCCAAAAUGAGUGCAGCAUAUGAUCACUUUGUUGCUUUUUUUCCUAAAUUGUAAAUUAGAAAGUGUAGCAUAGCCCUUUAAUCUCUUAAAUGAUUAGCUUGCCUAUGUAAAAUUUGUCAUCUUUUUAUCUGAGGGAUGUUUUCCCGAGAAUUCUGUAAAGCCACCAGAUGGAGCUCAAGCUAAGCACCAAAUCAUUUUUUAGAAUUAGAUGGAAUGGGCAUACUGGGAACUGAAUGUGACAUUUUUGUUUUUAAGAAAUUAAAUUUAAAAUUAAAAUAUCUAAGGAUAAUCAAAAUGCUUUCAUUUAUCGGUUGCUUUGUGUAUCAGGCCUUGGUCUAAAUUAUUUAAUCCUAAACUCUUUAAUUGAAGUGUUAACUCAUUUAAUCCUCCCAGCAAUCCUGUGAGUUUGGUACUAAUAUCUUUGUUUACACAAGAGGAAACUGAGGCACAUGGGCCAUAUAACUAAAACCAGGAGAAGUGGGAUUCAGAUUCAUACAGUCAAGCUUCAGAGCCUAUACCCUUGUAAUGCCACUCUGCCUCUCAAGGAUCUGCAAGCUCUUGCUAAGAGAAAAUGGUAGUUUUAGGGUAAAUAACUAUUUUUGGUUCAGUCCAUUUUGUGGACUCAGGAUCAGAUAAAGAGUAGGUUUCAGUUUAUAGGCCCCUUCUUAAAUCUCUGGGCCCAAACCAGACUGGAAUUCCUUAGGUAGCACCCCUUCGAAUGGGCUGACCCCAUCCAUCCUAAAGCUUCAGCCCACAGUCAGCAGUGCCCAAGCUACUAAUUGGAGAAGAAAUGUGAACUGCAGUUAAAGCUCUGAAGGUAGAAUCAAGUAGUUUUGACCACAUCUUUUUUUUUUCUAAUGUCACAUUGUAGAUACAUUUUCUCCCCCGACUGGUUCACAUGCUGCCUAGAAUAAAUAUGCAGCAGAAUACAUUUGCUUAUGAGGAAAUAUGAAUAUUUUCAAAAUUUGGACUAGUGUAUCUGGGAUAUGAUUUUUAGGAGUUGGGGAAAAAGAAGUAAUUUGCUAUAGAUGACUCGAUUUAAAUUUCCAAAUUUAUGAAUACUAUAAUUGAGAUGCAGAUGGUGGGUUGUUGACUGAGCUUACUAGCUAAAUGACUAACUUCUGAUGCCACGUGGCAGAGUGAUUAAGAUUCAUGCUAGGCACAAAAUACGCUUUUUCCCUGUAUUUGCCAGCCACUGCAGCAGACACAUACCAUUUUAACAAGGAAGUGUUGAGGGAGAGUAGGAAACUGUUAAUACUCAUGCCAGGUUAAAGGCCACUCUCCUGUUCCUAGGGCCCUGUCCCAGGUGGGCCUGGACCAAGUUUGUCCUGCUGACGAAAACCCCUAAUUUUACAUAGUUGAAAGCCAAGAAUCUUUUAGAGCAGGAGAAAAAAAGGAUGUGAUGUCAAGACUCAUUUCCUAAAAAAAUAGUAGAAAUAACAGCCAACAUUUAGAGAAUGCUUACUGAGUUAAAUGCUUUUCCUGUAUUAUUUCAUUUAAUCCUUUAAACAAUACUGUGGGAUCAAUACUCUUAUCUCUAUUUUCAGGGGAGGCAACAGCUUUGAAGAGGUAAGUAAACUCGCACAAAGCUAUGCAAGUAUUAAGUAGUGAGCGAGGCCACUAGUGUAGUGUAGAAUGAUUGCCUCUGAUGGGAAGCUUCAGAGACAGGUACUAUUGAUUCAGUCUAAGGAAGACCCUUUUAACCAAGAAGCUGGGAGGUGAAACAAACAGCCUUGGGAGGACUGUCCUCUCAAGCUAAGGCUAGAUGGCCACUUGAUUGGAACGUAACACUUGGAAUUUCAGGCAGAAAUCCUUUCCAGCUAAGAAGUGCCUUGCAGGAAGUUGGCAUGUUGAAACGUAUUGUGCUUAUUUUGCCCUUAUAGUCUUUUGGCACCCCGUGAUUGCAGACUUAAGUAUCUUUCUGGUGGAAAUAACAAGGUCUGAAAUCUUAUAUUUGUUAAUAUUGCUAAGUCUGGCAUUCAUUCUGUGAAGUUCCACUUGAAAGUAUGGAAAAACGUUAUAAACAUCUGCUUUAAACAAUGAAUGGGUAAAGUCCUUCGCAUUUUAAUUUAAAGAAUGGCAUAGUUUUACAACACAUUAAGUUUAUAAUAUGCAGAGUGUAUUUAAUUUCCUAAAGCGAUGACUUGCCUUGGCAUUAUGCUAUCUUAUGAAACACUUUCUCUCGCAUAGUGUCUUUAUAGUUUUCAAUAUCAGCAAAACCUUUAAAUAGUCUUGGUUGGGUGUUGUGGAUCACUGUACAGUAACUGCUAGUACAUAUGGUAUUUCUGAUCCGUGUAAUAAAGUACAUUUGUCAUGUAUCUUGUGAUCUGCAUACCUUUCAGCUGUUACUUCAUAAAUCUGUUCCAUCAGAGAACUGCUUUGUACAGCAAUGGUUGAAGCUGCUUUUAAUAAACUAAUAUUUUGUGUCUUUUA